AUGGAGCUGUAUGAGACUUCUCCCUACUUCUAUCAGGAGCCUCACUUCUAUGACUCUGUGACAGGGGAGAACUACCUGCCUGUCCACCUCCAGGGCUUCGAGCCGCCAGGCUAUGAGCGGGCUGAGCUCAGCCUGAGCCCUGAGGCUCGCGUGCCCCUUGAAGACAAGGGGCUGGGGCCCGCGGAGCACUGCCCGGGCCAGUGCCUGCCGUGGGCGUGUAAGGUGUGUAAGAGGAAGUCGGUGUCUGUGGACCGGCGGCGCGCCGCCACUCUGAGGGAGAAGCGCAGACUCAAGAAGGUGAAUGAAGCCUUCGAGGCCCUCAAGAGGAGCACCCUGCUCAACCCCAACCAGCGACUGCCCAAAGUGGAGAUCCUGCGCAGCGCCAUCCAGUACAUAGAGCGCCUGCAGGCCCUGCUUAGCUCCCUCAACCAGGAGGAGCGUGAUCUCCGCUACCGAGGUGGGGGCGGACCCCAGCCGGGGGUGCCCAGUGAAUGCAGCUCCCAUAGCGCCUCCUGCAGUCCACAGUGGGGCAGCGCACUGGAGUUUGGCCCCAACCCAGGGGAUCAUCUGCUCCCAGCGGACCCUACAGACGCCCACAAUCUGCACUCCCUCACCUCCAUCGUGGACAGCAUCACAGUGGAGGAUGUCGCUGUGGCCUUCCCAGAUGAAACCAUACCAAACUGA